AAGGAGACAGAUGAAGGGAGCAACAAGCUGACAGGAACCAGAGGUGUGAAACUGGAAUAAACUCCACAAGGUGGCUCCCUCUGGGCCAUGUGAUGCUGCGACUUCUCCUUUACCAACUUGACAUUUGAAAAAUAGCUUCUGUUGCUGGUUCUUUUCCCUUUUUGCUCCAACUUGUUCUUCCAAAAUGUCCCAGGAUGGAGCAGUUAUGGGCUUCCAUCCUAACCAUGCGAUGCCAUGCCAACACUAUGUCCAAGCAAUGGAGAAGACACGACAGCUUCCUGCAUCCAAGAAUGCGAUGCCUGUUUCUUUUCAUCCUUAUCACGAUCUCUCACCCAAUGCUGGCAGGAUCCACCUCUUCCGCAAGGGACUGACGUCUGAACCCCUGCGAUCUCAGCUUGGCAUAUAUAACAGCACGGGCUCCCUAACCCAGAAGAUAAUCAAGAUGAGCAACUUUGGAAGCGGCAGCUGUCCCAUCUCAGGAAGGGUAACCGCUCCAUGUACUCCGUUGAGAAGUUCCCCCUGUCCCUCAGGCAAUCAAGUCCCCUUGGCUGUCCCAGCCACUGGGGGUCAAAGUUCUGUGGUGACCUUCCGCUUUAUUGAGAAGGCCAGUGUGAAAACUUUAAAUGGCUUCCCGCUGAUAGAAUCCGGAAAGGAAAAUGGUUUGAGCAGAAGUUUGGAAUCCGGAGAGGAUUUUCACUUUGAGGCCAAUAAGCAAAGGAGCCAAAAGACAAAUGUUCAGAUGCAGCCUUCCUUACAGCACAAAGUCACAGCAUCCCUCAAUCCUGUCAUUCUGGAUAACGGGAUGAGCUGCAAAGUACAGAAAGAUAAAUCCUCUUUGACCACUACCGGUGAACAGGACCCAGGGGUUCUCAAUAGUAAGCAGGAGUGUCUUGGGUUUAAGCCAAAACCAGAAAUAUCUGCUUCAGACCCACUUCUUGCUGGAAACAGGUUUCUUUUAAAUACACAGCCCUCUUUGAGUUGGGGUAAUGGAACCCCACUUCCUCUUGGUGCCAGGUCCCCUCCCAGUUCCCUCACUGGUGAGAUGAGCAGUCUGUCAAAUGAUCUCUUGUGCCAUCGAAGACACCCACAGAGCAAGGAACCACAGUACCAGCGAAGCUUGUGGGCAUAUUCACAUGAAAGCUCAGCCCAUGCCCAGCGUGUUGCCAAGGCCAAAUGGGAAUUUUUCUACGGCUCCGUGGAAUCUCCUAAGACAGGAAUGCCGUCUCAGAAUGCUCUUGAUCCUUCACUUGAGAAAUCCAAACUGUCAGUGCAACAAAAACCAGAGCUGAUGAGGCCAGAACACAGUCUGUGUCACGUAGAGGUAGAAAUUGAGAUGACGCCACCAGGUAACACGACGUUUGAAAAUUGUGAAACUGGAAUAAUCCGCAGAACAGUGAAGUAUUCAGAGACUGACCUGGACUCUAUCCCCUUGAGAUGCUACCACGAGACAAACAUUGAUGAUAUUUUGGCUGAGAAGGAAGAAGUGGAUUCAGCCAUUGAGAGCCAGAAGGACAGCGAGAGCAAUUUUAGUUCUGCGGGAAUGCCAAGGAAAGCAAACGUUGUUCCAAAUGACCUCUUUUUUCAGCAUGCCAUGGAAGAGGAUAGCAAAGCUUUAGACCACAAGAACCAGCGGAAUAAAGUUUGUGAACUAUCUGAAGCCAUGGUACAUCAGCAGGACAGGGUCAUCAACAGAAAUUCUCAAUUAAUCAAGUCCCCUGUACCCUUCCUCUUUGGGCAGAACAUUUCCAAGGAUAGUAUGGAUUCAUUCAGCAAGCAUUUUGAGAGCAUCAUGGAGUCACAUCGAGCCAAAGGAACUUCUUAUACCAGCCUAGAUUCCAUAGAUAUCUUGUCUUCUCCCACUCAGAUACAAAAUGGAACUGUCUUCACCUUUGAUCUUCCUACUCUUAAGCCAGAAAUUCAGGAGGAAAUUCAAGACAGCACUAAAACCACUGAGCAGAAUUUUGCCCCCCUGGCUCUUCUGGAUCCAGAUUCUGGAACCAGUUCUGCCACAGAUGUUCCUUGGACUGAACGGGAAGAGGAAGCAAGACAAAAAUGGAAAAAUAGCUUGCAGAGUCCCUGCCAUUCCAAGGACAGUUUAGGAUUUCCCCUGGCCUCCAUCAUAAGCAAGCAUCAUCUCAGUCAGCUGGUCUCUGACUCGGAUUCUGAAAUGGACAGCACAGAGCAACUAGCCCUGGGUAGCACAGACACACUUUCUAGUGGACAUAAUGCUGAUCUAGAGGCUGCCAAACGCCUUGCAAAAAGGCUGUACAACUUGGAUGGUUUCAAAAAGGCAGACGUAGCUCGUCAUCUGGGGAAGAAGUCUUUUCUGAAGGAGCUGGCCCUGAUGGGAGAAACUCAAGAACGGGAGCGGAUCCUAGCUCACUUUUCACAACGAUAUUACGAGUGCAAUCCCAAAACCAUCCCUUCUGAAGAUGGAGCCCAUACUCUGGCGUGUGCCUUGAUGCUUUUAAAUACAGACCUACAUGGAUACAAUAUUGGGAAGCGAAUGUCCUGCUCGGAUUUCAUUGGGAAUCUGGAAGGUCUCAAUCAAGGCAGUGAUUUCCCCAGAGAACUACUCAAG